UGUCAUCCCAGCUGAAGAUUCUUCAUCGGUUCAAGUCAAACACCGACGAGAAGUCAGACGCUUGCCCAAACAAAGUGGCGUUAUGGUUUGCAUGAUAACCACCGUCCCCACCCAACCACACAGCACUCCACGUCCAUUCACACGAUCAUGCUGAGGAGCAAUAAACUCGAGCAAAUCGACCGGAAGACGAACCGCAAACGGCUCAAAGUUCUGAAUUCUGCCUACGGGAACGCAGGAAGAAGAAACUCGGUGCAAGGAUAAAUAGCGGUCACGCGUGCAUGGGUCAGUCUCUGAUGAAACUCUUCUUCGGCAAUUCCUGCACAAAAGAAGUGAAGGUUGUGAUGCUUGGGCUGGACGCCGCCGGUAAAACGACGAUCCUAUACAGACUGCACAUCGGCGAAGUUCUGUCGUCGGUACCGACAAUCGGUUUCAACGUGGAGAAAGUGGAGUACAAGAACGUGGCCUUCACGGUCUGGGACGUCGGAGGGCAGGACAAGCUGCGGCCGCUCUGGAGGCAGUACUUGGGCAACUCGGAUGCUCUGAUAUACGUUGUUGAUUCGAUGGACAGGGACAGGAUUGGGGUUGCCAGGGAGGAGUUCCAGGCCAUCAUCAAGGACCCUCUCAUGCUCAACAGCGUCGUACUGGUACUCGCCAACAAGCAGGACCAGAAAGGGGCGAUGAGCCCGUCCGAAGUGGGCCAGCGCCUGGGCCUGUACGACCUCAAGAACAGGGCGUCGCGCGUCGUGGGAGCCUGCGCGCUCACCGGCGAGGGCCUGCAGGGGGGGAUGGACUGGCUGGCGGCGACCUUGAAGGACGUGCACACUUGGGGAAGCUCCGUUCGCUUCUAGCCGGGAGCCGCGUGCACCAGUGCACCAUUUUCUUUCGUCAGUGCAGUGUACAAGGAGUGAGUGCUGAUGAGGCUGAUGCCAACCAAAUUUUGCGACUCGUGUAACCAGAGGUGUUCAUUUGA